AGUUCGUUUUCGUCUUUCGUUCACCGAGCCUAUUUGAGUUUCAAGAGUUUUUAUUUCAACGAAAAUGUGUGACAACAAAGAUCCAUUAACCAGUGGAAGUGUUGAGAAGGGAGAGGAGCAAUUCAAUGACGAAAAAAGAGGUAUUUUUACAAAUGCCUUACGUCAUGCAUUCUCAAUUUAUGAAAGCAGAUCUCUCAUUUCCGAGAAUCCUCCUGCGUCAGCAAACGCUGACGCCAUAGCGAUCGGCGAGUGUAUCGCGAACGAAACGAUUCGAAUUUUACAAGAGUACGUUAUCGUUCACGAUGAAGAUCUCAUAUCGUAUCAUGAGCCUAAUAAAGAUAAAGCAUAUAAAGCAUGUACUUUCGACAAGGAUGAAAUAGAUCCCUUCUUUAAUCUUGCGGAUUACCAAGCGACUUUACAGGAUUAUGUUCCGUUAGACUACAAAAAAGAAGCCGUUACUUACGCCAAGAUCCAUCCUAAUUAUUCAUUACAAGUCCUUCAAGCAAGUGGUUUUUCACGGCUAGAGACAAAAGAUGAUUUGAAAGAAUGGGCUGACGACAUCGAAAAAGGAGGAACCAGGUUGGAUAAAUUAUUACAGAUUGACUCCAAGACAAUCAAAAAGUUUGAGGAAUCUCGAUCGAUCUAUGAGCAAGUGACAACGCGGACACUCCAGCUAUGGGCGACGGCUAUCGCUUUUCCGUUAUUAUCGGAAAAUUUUUCUUUCGUUGCGAGUACGAAGUGGGUGAAGUAUUUUAAAAGGAAACAUGGAAUUCGCCAGAGGAAAAUCACGAAAUUUCUCAGUAAAAAUGAGGUGGCAACCUUUGAAGAAACCGUAAAAGCAGCAGGGCGACUUCAGACACAAGUGACUUCGGUAAUAGGAAAUUGAAUCCCAAAAUUUAUUGUACAUACCGAUCAAACGGGAUGUACAUAUAAGUCAAUGUAUAAUCGCUCAUUGGAAUUUAAGAGGGUCCUCGUUUUGACGCCCUGAUUUUUGAGCAUAUUUUGGGAUUUUUUUGUAAAGACCAAUGAAGAGAUAGAACUUUGAACUUUUUAUCAUUUAUUUAUACAUAUUUCAAGAG